AUGGAAGAAGAAGUCAGCUAUUCUACAGUGGCUUUCAAAUAUGGUCCUCCUAGAGAGAAAAAAGAGGAGGCGACCAUUUACGCCGAAGUAAAACCUGAAGCGCCGGCUGCUGUUCCUGCACCAAUCGGUGUGAUAAUGACUGAACAGAAAGCAAACCUCAGCGAGCUGAUGGAGGGGAUGAGAAUCUUGGAGAAUAAAACUGCAAAGCUGAGAAGAGACAGAGGCGACCUCAACUAUACGCUGGGAGUCAUCCUGAAUUUCAGCAGCUUUCCAGUAACAGAGUACUGUCCUGACAAAAAGUGCCAGCCAUGUCGGCCUAACUGGAUUCGGUUCCAGGAAAAGUGCUACCUGUUUUACGAAGAAGAACAUCCUUGGAAGACAUGGGAAGAAAGCCGAAGGUACUGCCAGAAUGAAACCGCAGAUCUGGUUGUUAUUGAUGGUCUGCAAGAACAGGAAUUCAUCAAGAAUCACACUAAGUUCUACUUCGACAGGUGCCACGGAUACUGGUUUGGUUUGUAUGAAAAGGAUAAAACCUGGGUGUGGAUUGAUGGACAUAAUGACAAUCUCAGGUUCUGGACAAACGAGACACUCGGCAGUUCGGGUCCGUGUGCCCUGAUGAUCCCUCGCAGCAACCCUACACAGAGCUGGGACCCAGCAGAUUGUGUAUUCUUAAACAAAUUCAUCUGUGAGAGGGAAGCUCUGAUAAGGUCUGAAUAGUUUAGUGCUGUGUAAGUGUCCUUUGUCUUCAUGUUGCAGGAAAAAAACAAGAAAAUCUAAAGAAAUAUGCAUCAGUACUGUUUAUAUGAUAUAUAAUUUAGAAUGUGAGGAGUCAUUUCAUCGUCCAUGUUGUUUUCAUAGCGAUAUCUAGUUCUGCUGAAAGUAUUUUCUACUGAUGUCCACAAUAUGAUUUUUUUGUAGUGCAAGAUGGAAAAUACAAAGACAAAAAAAGACCAGAAAUAGAUACAAGCCACUGGAAAAGAGAUGCAAAAUGAACAAAAAUAGAUGUAAAACAACACACGGGGAUGCAAUCCAAUGAAAAGCUGACACAACACAAACAAGCAUAAACAACCACAAAGACACAAAAUGACCAGAAAGGGAAGCAAGUCAUUUAAAAGAGAAACAAAACUAAAAAAAUUAGACAAGUAAAAGAUACACAAAAGACCAGAAAGUGAUUAGAACUAACUAAAAGAGAAACAAACUGAACAUAGACAUAAAAUGACUGUAAAGACACACAAAAAACCAGAGGGAGAUGCAAACCUUUAAAAAGAGAUGUGAAAUGACAGUAAAUAGGCAUAAACACCUGCAAAAACAAAUAGACCAGAAAAAGAUGUAACACUUUUUAAAAAAGAGACCAAAAACAAACACAGAAAGGCAUAAACAACAGCAAAGACAGUGACAAUGACCAGGAAGACGUUAAAAUUAAUUUUAAAAGAUACAAAAUGAAGACAAAUAGAUGUAAAACUAUGGGAAAGACGCACAAAAAAAAGACUAGAAAUAGAAGCAAUCCAUUGGAAAAGAGAUGCAAAAUGAAUACAAAUAGAUACAACUAUACAGACACACAAAAAGACUAGAAAAUGCAAAAUGAACAUAAGUAGUUUUCAGUCCAUGCAGUUAUCUUGGAAUUAACUCUGUAAUCAAUAGCUUGGUAGAGUAUAUAAUACUGUAGGAUCAUAGCCUUAACUUGAAGCUUGUCAAUAAAAACAGAUAAAACCAAGAAUUUCCUUUAGGAAUUAAUAAAGUUUUAUCUUAUCUUUUAAUAUUUAUGUUAGUCGGGUACAUUUGUAUUGCUGCUUUUAUUGUUCUGCUUUUAUUGUUCGUUUUAAAUGUACUCUAAAAAUAACUGUGGCUUCACUUAAAUAUUAUACCUUUAACCGUUCUAGAUAUGAAUUUUACAAUAAUUCAUCCACAUCAGACUGGAAGUCUGUGUUGCCAGAAGGCUAAAAACUAAUAGUAACAAACGUAAUAAGGUGGUUUUACAUCCAGUAACACUGCAGAUUUGUUACAACAUUCAUGUCACAUCUGUUGUAAGCUGUUGAGACAAACAGUUGUCAAAGAAUCUCAGAAAAACCUCAAGAUUUCUCCAUUUCUGUCAUUUAUGUAACAUCUCAGCAGGAGAUUUCUGUUCGCUAAGUUCAAAGGUUUUUUUUUGUAAGAGUUGAGAAAAAGAUAUGAACUGGUGAAAGUACUAUUCUCUAUCUUUGUACUGUAUAUGUUCAUAUUAUUUUUGUAUAGUAUUCUUUAUGUUUUUGCCAUGUGCUGGGAUAUUUUGUCGAAUAUGACUUGGAAAUUCAAAUAAAAACGAUGUAAAAAAAAAAAUAAGUAAAACCCAAAAAAUGCCUACCAUUACAGAGCUUUUUGAUGUCAUUUUAUUUGCAUAUAAAAUUCAGUUUAACCUGU